UGAGAAUUUGACAGCAGAACACAUUCGAUGUGUGGCGCGCUCGUGAGAAAUGGAGGAAAUCUACAUGAAUGUUGAUCCUGUCAAGCCCAGCAAUUCAAGACCCUCAACAAUACAGACAGUUCCCAGGAGAUCAGAGGGGAGUUUCUGUAGAGCUGCUUCACUUGUCCUGGGACUCCUAAGUGUUUUCCUGCUGGCUGGGCUCAUCGGCCUUGGUGUCCUCUACCAUGGUGCAAAACAUGGUUCUGCUGUAGAUCUCUCCAUUCUCAAUGCCAACCUGACUGAAGAGAGAGACCUGCUGAGUGCCAGCCUCAUGGAGAUGACUGAAAAGAAAGACCUGCUGAAUGCCAGCCUCAUGGAGAUGACUGAAACAAAAGACCUGCUGAAUGCCAGCUUCAUAGAGAUGACUGAAACAAAAGACCUGCUUAAUUCCAGCCUCAUCAUGAUGACCGAAGCGAGAGAUCUGCUGAAUGCAAGCCUUGUGAAGAUGACUGGGGAAAGGGACAGGCUUCAUGCUUUGUCCACACGGAAGAAAACCUGUCCCGCAGGAUGGAGGAUGUUCAGCUGUGUCUGUUAUUUUGUCUCCACCGAGAGCAAACCCUGGGAACAAGCCAGACUGGACUGCAGAGACAGGGGAGCAGACCUGGUGAUCAUAGACAGCCCUGAAGAACAGACCUUCAUCUCCUCACACAAAACUUCAGUUUGGAUUGGUUUGAAUGACAGAGACAAUGAGGGGACCUGGAAAUGGACUGAUGGAACCCCAAUGACCAAGAGUUACUGGAAUGCAAAUCAGCCUGACAACUGGGGGGAGGAAGACUGUGUCCAUAUAAACAAUUUCGAGGCUGUGAACAACUGGAAUGACCUGUCUUGUGGUUCUUCUCUGCGGUGGAUCUGUGAGGAGAUGGCUUAGCGCUGGUGCACAACAAGUUUUUUAAUCCAUAAGUUUGGUGUUUUUCUAUGCAUGCACUCCAAGCAGAAAAACUGAAAACAUUUUAACCUUUUCCCAGCAUGUUCAAGGCACAUUGCAGAUCUUUUGUCAUUCAGUCCAGUCAGCUUGGGAGCUGGUCGCAUUAGCCGGCUCUCCAUUGUCGCACCAAACACGGGCGUGCUCGUGCAUGCCAAGGCCAGUUGCAUUUCCAUUGUCACUCCCUUUGAUCGCACUUAGUGGGGCUGUGGGGGCCAGUCUCCAGGUGCUAAUGGUUCACCAAGGACCCAUGAACCAGAAAGGGCUAUCUGAGGUCUGAAGUGGAUUAAGGGUCAUAGGUGGGGAGAAGGGGGCAACUGAUAAGUACAGAUGUCAGCGCAGCAGCUUGCUUUUGUAGCAGAAAAAUACAGAGAAAAGGAAAAAAGUGAACAACUGCAGUACAGGUCAAAUGAGGACAUUAGGGCUCUGGACAGAGGAUACUGCCCAACGUCAAAUCAACGGUGUUUGCCAAAAUGAGGAUGUUAUGUAAUAUAUAGUGAGAGAGCUGGCAGCGGUAGGGAUCCAACACACAAAAAACUGAAAAAACUGAGCUCUCGGUACAAGGCACUUAAACCGCACAAUGCACAAUCCUGUGGUGCAUAAUUCUUCAGUAGUAAGUUGGCGCUGAGCGCCCUAGACAGCCCUAGCUCGCAGUGGUACGACAGUGGAAAGACGGCUAAUGUAAAUCAGCACAGACAGAACUACCGUGUAGCUUAGCACUCUACUACAACAACACUUAAGCUCAACUGCAUACACUAGAGAGGUAAAACAGCCCUUAACUUUGUUGUGACAGUUCACAAGUGACAAAAUGUCAGUGUCAGUAUGAUCUUGACAGUGAGGUGCAUUCUGAAGUGUUCAGUGCAGUGUGGUUCUAUCGAAGAUGUGUUGUAUACAUCAGAUCUUCUUCAUGUGACCAAGAUGACCGGAUGCACCUCUCUGUUUUUAACAUAAAGGCAAAAACCUCCAUCUGAUGCACAGUUACUGAUCAGAACAAAGUCACAU